AUGGGUAGCUUAGCUAGUCAUCUUCCUCUAAUUAUUAUGGUAGGUCUGCAAAUUCAUUAUGCAGCACUGGCCAUCUUCACCAGAGCAGCCCUGUUAGAUGGGUUGAGGACAACCGUUUUUGUAGUGUACAGGCAAGGCAUAGCCACUUUGUCUCUGGCCCCUAUGUUUUUCUCUCCAAAGAGAAGACAAUCAAUGAAAAGUUCUUUGGGAUUCAGGAGUUUCUUUUUGAUGUUUGUGACCGCUCUUGUUGGAGUCACAGCAAAUCAGAAUGCAUAUUUCAGAGGUUUAUAUUAUUCAUCUUCUACUGCAGCUACAGCAAUGAGUAAUCUGAUACCUGCUUUAACGUUUGUAAUCGCAGCAAUAGCGGGAUUUGAGAAAAUUGAACUACGAAGUUUGAGAAGCUUGGCGAAGAUAUUGGGGACAGUUUGUUGCGUUGGUGGAGCCUUAACCAUGGCAUUGGUAAAAGGACAUAAACUGUUGCACACGGAGUUCCUUCCUUCUAUACAUCUCACUGGCAGUGAAAGUGACGAUUGGUUGCUGGGUUGUCUCUUGCUCUUAGCGAGCAGUGUUUUCUGGUCUUGUUGGAUGAUCCUCCAGGUACCAAUCGCUACGUCUUGCCCAGACCAUUUACUAUCAACCUUUUGGAUGUGUCUCUUUUCAACAAUACAAUCAGCCCUAUUUGCACUACUCUCAGAGCCGGAUCUUGAAGCAUGGAUUUUACAUUCACCUUUGCAGAUUUCAUGUUCUUUAUAUGCGGGAAUCGGAAUAGCGGUUAGCUUCUUUAUUCAAUCCUGGUGCAUCUCAGAAAGAGGUCCUCUGUACUGUGCAAUGUUCAACCCAUUAGCAACAGUAAUCACUGCUUUGAUAAGUGCAACAUUCUUACAAGAAGAAGUAUACAUUGGAAGUUUGAUAGGGGCUGUUGGAGUUAUUGCUGGUUUAUAUAUUGUGCUUUGGGGUAAAGCCAAAGAGUUUGCUGAGGUUAAACCAGAGGCACCACAAUCAAACUUGCAAGAUGACGAGAUAAGUAGUAGGGUAGAUUUGGAACAACCCCUCCUAGCAGAAAAAUCUGAACAUGUAACAGAAGCAGAUAGCAAGGUGUAG